CUUGGGUAGGCUUUCUGCCUGAAGUGAUGAGCAUCCCUGAGAAAGAAGGGCCAAGAGGUGGAGGGACAGGACCACAUGCCACAGGAGCACCUGUCGAAGGAUGGCUGUCAGGAGGGGACUUGGGGACAAGGCAUCUGCUGGGAGAGGAGACAAAUGACCAACACCCUCUCUCUGGCGGAGGAAGAACAUCUUGGUUGUUCAAGAAGCGUCACUCGAUCUGUUUGGGGGCCCACCCAACCCCACCCUGGGCUCAGCCGCCCGCUGCUGGAAGUCCUGGGCCUGGGCUCUGAGGUCAGGGCCGCCAGGACUUUCUCCUUCCCCGUUCUGCUGUCCCCUAGCCAGGAGCAGAGGCUCAUUCCGCGGGAGAACACUCAGGUGGUUAACGAGCAUUUAUUUCCCAAACCAGGAGACAGUUACAUGAUUCGUUGUUAUUUUAUCUUGCUAAUGAAAAUACAUAAAAAACAAAACGGCCAAUUAGCGAGGCCAUUCAUUCCCAGUUCUUGCUGUUUCUUUCUGGAGAGUGCCAUUCCCUGGGCCAGGGCUGGUCCCGCAGUCCGCCAAGCUGGCCACAGGUCCCUUCCCUUCACCCCCGCCCCGGUGGCUGCUGUCCUGCCAGCAGCCAGGCAACCCCUGCGGGCCCCUGUGCCUUCCACAGGCCUCGCCUUCCUCCCCACAGCCCGCCAGGCACCCCGGCUUCUCUUUUCCUUUCCUCACCUCCUUCUCUCACUUCCAACAAAUUCCUCUUUUCUCUGCUUUGCUCCCAACCAGACUGCCCCACUGUCCCCAUCCUCGUUUCAACAUCAGUGUGACUCCUUCCUCUUCCAAGAAGUCCACCCUGAUAGAGCCGACUCAGUCAGCUGGGAGUUUCACUUGCUCCCCGUUGAACCAAGCGUGCAGGGAACCACCUGCUCACACCCGCGUUGUCCGGGAGAGCUGGAGGACUGUCGCCCCCAAACAGUCAGAUUGCCCCAAUCCACUCAGGUGGCUCAGGGGAGCAGUCAGGCCUUUUCCACAGGAGGCGAGAUGGCCCGCUGCCGGCAGAGAUGAGGUGGGUGUGUUCCAUCUUUAUGGGCUGUUGAGUUCAAGGGAGAGAGGCAGGAGAGGAGGAAAGGGCAGUCAGGGAGGGGGUGCAGAAAGGGACCCCGGCUGUCCCUGGCAAGCCUGCUGCCCAGUGCACAGGACUCAGCA